UUGCGUGAACAGCAGGCUGUCACCGGAGCUGCAAGCCGCCUGCUGCUAUACAAAACAAGUCAAAGUCAUCGAUUAAAGCGUCGCCAAGUGCAAGUUAAACCAGCUCCUGAAGGAAUAUGGAUGACGACGUGCUGACGACUCUGAAGCUGUUGAUUAUUGGCGAAAGCGGAGUCGGAAAGUCCAGUCUCCUCCUGAGGUUCACAGAAGAUACCUUUGACCCAGAGCAGUCUGCGACUAUAGGUGUGGAUUUCAAAGUAAAGACACUCGCAAUAGAUGGGAACAAAGCAAAGCUCGCCAUAUGGGACACAGCCGGACAGGAAAGGUUUCGCACCCUGACACCCAGCUACUACCGCGGUGCACAGGGAGUCAUACUUGUUUAUGACGUCACAAAGCGUGAGACUUUUGCAAAACUUGAAAACUGGCUGAAUGAACUGGAAACCUACACAACACGCAAUGAAAUUGUAAAGAUGCUUGUUGGCAACAAAAUUGAUCGGGACGACCAUGAAGUGGACAGAAACGAAGGGCUGAAAUUUGCUAGGAAACACUCCAUGCUUUUUAUUGAGGCCAGUGCAAAGACCAAAGAUGGCGUCCAGUGUGCCUUUGAGGAGCUUGUGGAGAAGAUCCUCCAGACUCCAGGGCUUUGGGAGAGUGAAAACCAGGGUCAGGGGGUCCGUCUGGGGGACCAGGAGCAGGGCGGUGGACGGGCAUGUGGAGGAUACUGUUCCAUACCCUGAAACUGUACGGAAUGAUAAAAAAAAGCACCAAACUGACAGGAAUGACUACAGACCAGAAACCGAGAGAAAAAGGGGGUGAAGGAACUGGAUGAGUACUUUUUUACUUUAAAAGUUCUGUCCAUUGAAAGGACUUUGCUGUUUGCACACUUCCUUUUCAACCAUCAUCUGUCACUACUUUCUGUUUAAAACAUGAAUACAAGGAUCACGCUAAAAUAACCUCUUGCCUGAGGAAGUAGAGUGUUUUAAAUUGACAUAACGCCAAGUGUACGUCAUACCAGUACACGUCUGGUUUGAGUUUAGCUUAUUGGCAGCAGUGAUUCUGUUGUGCAUUAAGGCAUCAGGUUAAUAGCAUAGUGUCUAUUACAUGAACCAAUUUGUAGGUCACAGUACACGGAUUUUGAAAAUUUUCUCAAAAUAGUUUAUUAUAAUCAAGACAUAAAUCCCCUGAAGAGCCCUGAGUAUGCUUUGUGAGCUCUAAAUGUCUAAUUGUAGCUGCAGAGUUACAGUUAAAAUGUUCUAGGAUACAUAUAUUGAGUAUUAUCACAUAAAUAACACAUCACUUGGAUUACGCAUUGUGUUGGAAGAGGCUUGUCUUCAUGUGUGUUUGAGUGAGCUGUCAUAAUGCACCACAACACUGUGAAUGCUCUUAAAUAAGAUCCCUCACAAUGGACCCCGGUUACUGAUACCAGUUCAUUUUAACUGUUAUCAUAGUCUGUGCUUCAGAACGUAUAGAGGCUUUCAAAUGAACAGAUUUCCUGUUUGUUUUUCUCUUUACAUUGAAAUGUGCAAGACAUGUAGCCAUCUUGAUCUUUUAGGAUUUCUUGCAACUAAAGCUUUUCUUUGUCUUUGCAUGUCUGACCUGGACCAUAACUUCCACAAGUACAAGUGUAAGGUUUACAGUAAUAAGAGCUCCUGCAAUGAAAUAUGCUCUUUUAUUAACUUUAGCAGUUUGUACGUUUAGUCUCAGCCUGGCUUUCUCAGCUUGUUUUCUACCAGUUUAUUUAUCAGUUUCUGUGUGGUGCUGUGUUCCAUGUUAAGUCCCACUGACUUUAUUGAAGGCAUUUCUCACACAUUAUAGUAUGAGAGCAUUCCUAAGAGCUUCCUGUCCACGCUCUAGUAUUGAUUUGAUGUAUUGUUGCUAUUUGUAUGAAUUCUUUUUUUCUUGUUUGAAAUCAUGUUGACCUUUUUUUUAUUCCUGUACUUCUCCCUGUUGCGUUUGCUGUGCGCCUACCUGAAUCGUAUUCAGCGCUAUGUUAAAUUGAUAUAUGCCUUAACAUGACAUGUGCUGGAUUUAUAGUCCAGUGACAGGUGUAUUGUUUCAAACUGAAAUAAAUGACAACCUCAAGAU